GGCCCGCAACGGUUCAUUGUUGAUAACGUCUGUGCAGUACUGUGGGUUGUUGCUGGGAGUUCGAUGUACUUUAGACUUCCAGCUCCUGUGUUCAUGUCAUUCUUUCUGUCAUAACGUACUCGUAAAAUAGUGUUAUCUCGGUGCCGAUUUGGCUUCCGUUCUUCCGAUCUUCGAAGUCAAACACAGGCCACAGCCAAGCUUGCCCACUGUUUUGAGCAGGAAGUGUUGGAGGAAAGCGAGUGGUGGCUUUUGAACAGUUAAAUGCCAACAGACAUCAGUUUGGUGUGAAAAUGAAGGAAGAAAAUUCCACAGGCCAUUCAACAUGCGGAGACCACCGUCUGACGGCGGACGAAAUGGACAGCCAGCGGCAGCAGAGCGUGGCUUACGAGUAUCUCUGCCGACUGGAGGAGGCCAAACGCUGGGUCGAGGCCAUGCUGGACGACGUCCUGCCGCCGACCACUGAGCUGGAGGAGUCGCUGCGGCACGGCGUGCACCUGGCGCGCCUGGCGCUGCUGCUGCGCCCCGACACCUCGCGGCGCGUCUACGACCUGCAGCUUACGCGCUACGCCGCCAGGGGCCUGCAGUUCCGGCACACGGAUAACAUCAACAUCUGGACGCAAACCAUGCGGGAGAUGGGGCUACCACAGAUCUUCAUCCCGACGACUACUGACGUGUACGAGAAGAAGAACAUGCCGAAGACGGUGUACUGCAUCCACGCGCUCAGCCUAUUCGCCUUCAAGCUGGGCCGGGGCCCACAGAUGCCCGACCUGCUUGGCAAAGCCGUCUUCACGGAUGCCGAGAUUGACGCCGUGUCGGCCGAGCUGCGCAAGUACGGCCUCAGCCUGCCGACGUUCAGCAAGAUCGGCGGCAUCCUGGCGCGCGAGAUGCCCGUCGACAAGGCGGCCCUUCACGCGGCCGUCAUCGUCAUUAACGAGGCCAUCGACCGACAGGUACCCGCCGAGACGCUGGCCGGCCUGCAGAACCCGAACGCUCACCUGCGGGAGGUGACGGCCGAGAACGCUGACCUCUACCAGAGCCGGCUGGCGGCGGCCAAACACAGCAAGGUGGAGGCUGCCCAGAACCGGUCGCUGUCGGAGACGUUCGAGGCAGACGUGUACGACGAGCUGCUGACCCAGGCCGAGAUCCAGGGCCACAUUGGCGCCGCCAACCGGGCGGCCGCGCUGGCCCGUCUGCACGAGGCGCUGGCUGGCGGCGACCCGGCCGGCCUGUGGGCCGCCCUGGCCGCUCCUUGCCUCCGACUGCAGCGUGUUGCUUCGGACUGCAUGUCGGACUACAUGGAGGGGCUGAGGCGCGUCACCAACGGCCACCCCCCGUCCACGGAGGACGUGCAGCGGGUGAUCGACCAGGUCAACCAGGUGUUCAGCCAGCGACAUCAAGAGGAGGCGCUCGUGGCGGCGGUGAACGCGUGCCUGGCCUCUCCGGCGCCGCAGGUGGAGCUGGUGGAGGCCGUGAACCAGGCAGUCCAGAUGGGCGACAGUGCGUCCCUGCUGAACACCCUGACGGACCCAGCGCUCGGGUACUGUGACGUCACCCAGCACAGCGUCCACCACUGCCUACAGCUGCUUAAGAGCGCUCAGACGGCGAAGCUGCGCCGUGAAGGCGACGGCGUGCUGUGGCUGGAGGACGUCGACGAGGCGGUGCGGAACGCGCUGGUGGACCACCAGCUGGCAGAGCGGGCGUGUGUGGCGCUGUCGGACCUGCGCGCCGCCGACCUGACCAGCCCCCUCCGCCUCGCCCCCAGCCUGCCCUGCCUCGGCCUGCGGGACGUCUCGCCCAGCCUGGCCGAGCACUACCUGCGCGCCCUGCGCCGCCUCAGCGGCUCCGACGAGGGCUGGAUCCCGCACUCGGUCGGAGGCGCGAACGAGGCCUUCCUGCACCUGGCGACGGGUCUGGUCACCUGGCACCAGCCGAACCGCGGGCAGCUGGCCGACGCCGCGCUGGACCAGCGCUCCCUCCAGCACGAGUUCCGUCAGCUGGCUGCCGCCUCCCGACCGGACGUGUCGCUGCUGAGGAAGUUCGUCCACCUGCUGGACGUGCAGGGCUCCGACUUCAAGGAGGAGGUGCAGCUGCAGAAAUUGAAGGGUGACGUGGCCCAAAUGAUUCGCAAGAACCAGAUGCUGGAGAGAGACCUGGACUCGCUCGACGUCAAGAUCGGCCUGCUGGUGAAAAAUCGGAUCACACUGCAGGAGGUGCUGAUGCACAGCAAGACGAUGGACGCCGUGAACAAGAGCGGCGACAAGCUGGGGACGCUCUCCCGCGGCCAGGGGCUCAAGGCGCUGACACGCGAGAGCCGGGACCGGCUGGCGCUGUACCAGCAGCUGUUCUACCAGCUGCAGACGCGCCCGGCGUACCUGGCGCGGCUGGUGUUCGCGCUGCCGCCCGGCCAGUCGGGCCGCUUCCUCGAGUCCGUGGUGCCCAGCGUCUUCAACUACGGCACCAACGACCGCGAGGAGUACCUGUUGGUCAGCCUGUUCCGCAUCGCGCUCCAGGAGGAGGUCAGGUCGCGCGUGGACCAGCUCUCGGACGUGGUGAGCGGCAACCCGAUGGUGGUGCGCAUGAUCGUGCAGUACAGCCGACGCCACCCGCUGCGGCCCGUGCUCGGCCCGCUGGUGGAGCGCGUGCUCAGCGACCGCACGCUCCUCAUCAACACCAACCCGGUCGAGAUCUACCGGCACUGGGUCAACCAGCAGGAGGCGCAGAGCGGACAGCCCUGCGGCCUGCCGUACGCGGUCAGCCAGGAGGAGGCGCUGAAGCAUGGCGAGGUGGCGCGCCGCCUCAACCGCGCCAUCCACUGCCUCAAGGAGGCCAGCAACAUCUUCCUGGACGAGAUCUUCAACGCCGUCGACGAGCUGCCCUACUGCCUGCUGUACUCGGCCAAGGUGCUGAAGCGGGCGCUGCACGAAAAGUUCCCGGACGCGCCCGAGAAGGACAUCCUCAAGGUGGUCGGCAACCUGGUGUACUAUCGCUUUAUCAACUCGGCUAUCGUGGCGCCGGACGCGUUCGACAUCGUCUCGCUGCCGGCGGACCAGGCGAUGACGCCCGACCAGCGCCGCAACCUGGGCAGCAUCGCCAAGAUCCUGCAGUUCGCCGCCAGCAAGAAGGGGUUCGGGGAGGAGGCCGGCCAUUUGCAAGCGCUGAACCCGUUCAUCAUCGCCGCCCACGAGCGCUUCAAGCUAUUCCUGCAAGCCUGCUGCGCCAUCGCCGAGCCGGAGCAGCACUACGGCCGCAACGAGUUCACCGAAGCCACGCUCAUCGCCAAGCCAAUCAUCUACAUCACCGCCCAGGAGCUGUGUGAGACCCACCGGCUGCUGAUGGAGUACGAGUCGGUGGUGGCGCCAUCGAAGAGUGACCCGCUGCACGAGAUCCUGGAGGAGCUCGGGGACCAGCCGUCGCUGGACGGCGUGCUAGGGGAGGAGCCGGACCACCCGAGCCCGGAGCGGGCCGAGGUGUGCCUGACGCUGCAGGCGCGCGUUGAUCCAGCCGACGAGGCGGCUCAGCUCACCGCCGGCAAGCUCUUCCUGCAGUGUAAGCAGCUGCUGGAGCGCCACUACCGCGAGCUGCUGCAGGCGCGCGGACAGGCCGAGAAACGCCGCCACGGCGACCAGCGACUCCACAGGAACAACUCGUUCCUGCACCAGAGGCGCCACCGGCAGCAGCGGCGCCAGGAGCUGGUGAAGCUGCGGCGCACCAUCUCGUCGCUGGACAAGAAGCGCACCUUCUACCAGGAGCAGGCCUCGUACUACACCCAGUACCUGGCCACGUGCCUGCAGGGCAUGCUGAAGGGCGUGCAGUUCGAAGAUCUCGCCGCUGGCGGCCGAGGGAGCUGCUGCAUCUGCAGUACGACGGCGUCCUCCGUCAUGGACAUGUUCGGGAGGGUUCGGAUCAACGUCAACCUGCUUAUCUUCCUCCUGAACAGCAAGUUCUACAGCAAGGGCAAGAAGUGAACUGGCCCCGGUGCGCUGGGUCGGCCGAGCGGUCCCGACGGCUGUCGGCGCUCGGCGCAACGCCUGAGGCGGUGUCGGGAACGGAGCGGCGCGGCGCCGGACGCCGACACGUUCGCCUCGGCGUCUCGCGGCUCGUGGUGUGCUUAGCAGCUGCUUCGUUCGCGCUUUGUUGGCGCUGACAGAACAUUUUACGUAGAGGCUGUAUCGUGUGCGCGCUGGUGUGCUCUCCUUGGUGUGCUCUCCUGCAAUGCUUUAGCUAGUGUCUUCCAGCUCUGUUUCUUUUUUUAUAGUUUACAGUCCGGUAAUGCAAUAACUGAUUCAGAGGGCAUCGCCCCUCGUUUUACAGCUGGUCGAGAACGGCGGGACCCAGCUAAUUAGGCGCUUCCUACGUGGCAAUCGAUGCACAUGCGUGGCGCAAACGUUUGUGCCAUCGUGGCACUCGUUCACUUCGCCUGGACCUUCAUGUGGCCGUACCGUAAUUAAGUUUUGUAAUUAACUGCCUGUAAUGGGGUAUAGUUAACGUAGCCCUUGGCGCG